AAACACAUCAGCAUUCAGUAAGUGUUAGCUUAUCAUCACCUUUCGUUCCAAUUUUUUGCAAAACGCUGUGAUCGACCACCCUUUCGGAGUACUGCCCCUCUAACUCCAUGCCACGUUGGAUCCCGUGAGUUCUCGCGCUCUUCCGCCCCGCUGUAUCCCAUGGUGCCCUGCGCCUUCCGCCUAUGAGGGCUCUCAGCCCCGUCUGUUCCGGCUCGUGCCCGAUCAUGGCGCAGGGGCAGCGCAAGUUUCAAGCGCACAAACCCGCGAAGAGCAAAACGUCAGCAACCGCCUCUGAGCGGAACCGGGGCCCUAGGAAAGGCGGUCGUGUUAUCGCUCCCAAGAAGGCGCGCGUCGUGCAGCAGCGAAAGCUCAAGAAGGACCUGGAGGUCGGGAUCCGGAAGAAGAUCGAACAUGACAUGGUGAUGAAAGCCAGCACCAGUCUGCCCAAGAAGCUGGUGCUGCUGAAGGCCCCGGCUAAGAAGAAAAGGGCAGCUGUCGCGUCCUCCAGCAAGACUCCUUCCUAAGAACACCAGCCUCAGUGGAGCCCAACACUGCGGCCCCCACCUCCACUCUCAGACCUUGCAGGUGACCCCACCGGCUGUGCCAUUUAAAAGAGGACCCAGCCCCCAGCACUGGGAGUCAUACUUAGAACUUCAGUGGGAGGCUGGCCCCUGAGGAGGCGAUCAGCAGAUCUGCAGUUGCAGGGUCACCUUCCUGGGAUGCCGAGAAGCCCAUGAUGGUCAGGAGGGUAUGUGCACCGACUUCUUCUGUCCCCCUCCUUCCCCUCCCUAGGUCCUGUGUCCACUGGUUUAACCCAGAGCAAUAAAGCUGGCUUUGUCAUUC